AUGUAUAGACAAAUACCUUUAUCUGUUGCGUUCAGUAGUGAAAACCCUGACGUCAAAAUAAAGGGGAACAGAGUAACGUUUAAGUUUCCAACAGACUGGAUUGUGAACAUAAAUGAAGAGAAGUACAUUGGCAUAACAUCUAUGUAUAUAACACGUGCUUUCAGAAAGGUUGACUUUAUACUUCAAGUCGAGAUAGAAAAUGACGAACAGUCUUUAAGCGCCCAAAACAUUCACAUAUACAAAUACUUUAAAGACGAUACAACAUUGCAACAAUGUAUGAUUUCAUUUAAUGAGAUGUUCGAGAAAAAGUUCAACAUUGAAGUACAAACUUUACAGCCUUUACGUGAGUUUCUUGCACAACUGAAAGAAGAAGGUAGUCAGCCACAACUUAUAGACUUUCAUUAUGAAUUUAAUGAAAAUGAAGAUGGAACACAUGACUGUCAGUUUGUUGUAUUCUCACCAUUCAAUGAAGUCGCUAAAGAGAAAGAAAAUCCAUUACGUAUAAGAUUUCAAAUCUCUGAACCAAGUGAUGAUUUCAAGAAUGUUUUCAAUUAUGAUGCAAUGCUUCCGAGGAAAAAUGAAUUUUCAAAGA